GCCCCUUCCAAACUCAAUUCUUCCCCACUCCAUCACUAGUCACUUCCUCUCUCUCUCUCUCCUCUCUUACUCUGUGGUUGUCCUUUCCUGAGAAGCGUUGUUAAGAUGGCUUCAUCGAUUGCCUCAUCUGCUGUUUCUCUCCAACUUCCUUCAAAUAAGGGAAGGGUGAAAUUGAGCAGCGGUGAUUCCAAUGUUUUCAUUGGGGGAGAUAAGAGAAAUGCAUCUUUCAAAUUGCAAUCUUUCAGUCGGGUCAGCAUGGUUGCCGCUGUCAAUGUUUCUCGUUUUGAAGGUAUAUCAAUGGCUCCUGCAGACCCUAUUUUAGGUGUUUCAGAAGCUUUCAAAGCUGACACGGAUGAGAAGAAGCUCAAUCUCGGUGUUGGAGCUUACCGAACCGAAGAACUUCAGCCUUAUGUAUUAAAUGUUGUCAAGAAGGCGGAGAAUCUUAUGCUGGAGAGAGGAGAAAACAAGGAGUAUCUGCCAAUCGAAGGUUUGGCUGCAUUUAACAAAGUGACGGCAGAAUUGUUAUUUGGAGCUGACAACCCUGUUCUGAAAGAACAAAGAGUUGCUACAGUCCAAAGUCUUUCAGGAACUGGCUCACUUCGCCUUGCAGCAGCACUCUUUGAGCGAUAUUUCCCUGGGGCAAAAGUGUUGAUUUCAUCUCCAACCUGGGGCAAUCACAAAAAUAUUUUCAAUGAUGCUGGAGUUCCAUGGUCUGAGUACAGAUAUUACGACCCUAAAACAGUUGGUUUGGAUUUUGAGGGGAUGAUAGCAGAUAUUAAGGAAGCUCCUGAAGGAUCAUUUAUUUUGCUCCAUGGCUGUGCACACAACCCCACUGGAAUUGACCCAACUCCUGAACAAUGGGAAAAAAUUGCUGAUGUCAUUCAGGAGAAGAACCACAUUCCAUUCUUUGAUGUUGCUUAUCAGGGAUUUGCAAGUGGUAGUCUUGAUGAAGAUGCAUCAUCUAUGAGGAUGUUUGCUGCUCGUGGUAUGGAAUUUCUGGUUGCUCAAUCUUACAGUAAAAAUCUUGGUCUUUACUCAGAAAGAAUUGGUGCAAUCAAUGUUGUCUGUUCAUCGGCAGAUGCUGCUGCAAGGGUAAAGAGCCAAUUGAAAAGAAUUGCAAGACCUAUGUACUCAAAUCCCCCAAUUCACGGAGCUAGAAUUGUUGCCGAUGUUGUGGGCAAUCCGGAUCUAUUCAAUGAAUGGAAGGAAGAGAUGGAAAUGAUGGCCGGUAGGAUAAAGAGUGUAAGACAGAAGUUGUAUGACAACCUCGUUUCGAAAGAUAAGAGUGGGAAGGACUGGUCAUUUAUCCUUAAACAGAUAGGCAUGUUCUCAUUCACUGGCCUAAACAAAGCUCAGAGUGAUAAUAUGACAAAUAAGUGGCAUAUAUACAUGACCAAGGAUGGAAGAAUAUCGCUGGCUGGUUUAUCCGCGGCCAAAUGUGAAUAUCUUGCUGAUGCCAUCAUCGACUCAUACUACAAUGUUAGUUAAAAAAAGAUGUAUGAAGUCCAGGAAAUGACAUUAUUUUGGUGAGUAUUCAUCUUGAUUGCGAGAAUUUGUAAUAAUGUACACUAUAUGCUCUGUUCGAGAAGCAAUGUGUGUUGUAUCAAUUUUGUUUGGGGUUAUAUUAGUAACAUUUUCUCGUAA